AUGAAUUCCAAGCAGUUCCAAAUUGGUAAUGAUAAUUUCAAUACGAAACGAUCACCAUUUAAAAAAUCAAGUUUUACUGGCAGCAGUUCGUUAGCUUCAAAUAAUAACCAUUCAACUGAAUCCAUUCUGGAAGAGAUCAUAGCAACAAAUGAAAAUGAUGAUGCGACUGUAUAUAAUAUGGAUAGUUUUGAAGAAACAAUAUCAAAUGAUAUUCAAUCCUCCACAUUCCCAACAAAGCAUGCUUGCAGUAAAGAUAGUGAAAAUGAUUCUGAUUCAUCCAAAACGAUUUCUUCAAGCAUUCACAAUACAGCAAGUACCGACGGGGGCACUUGUAAUGAUUAUUCGAAAGAUAAUACUGUAGCAUCAGCAAGGACAAGAAUAAAACAGCACUCAUCAAAGCCAAAACAUACUCGAAAUAGUAAAUGCAAUACUUCGUGCUCGGAUUCUUGGAAUGAUUGUACUGAUAAAUAUGAGUUGAGAAGAAAUAGUUUUAAUUCCAAGAGCACAUUAUCUUCUCAAAAUUCAAAUAAUCAAAGUGGUCAUCAUAAUGAACUACUUAUUACUACAAGCGAUUCAGAACAUCAUGAAUACGAUUAUGAAAGUCACCAGAAAAAAAAGCAGUUUCAUAUAAAGUCACAUCUCAUGUCCGAAAGUAAACCUUCAUCUUGUAAAAAAAUUUACUAUAAAACUUCAGAUGUUUGCAGUAAAAAAAGAUUUGAUGAAGAGAAAAGUAAACGCAACGCUGCAGUGCAAACAAUAUAUUCAGAACCGGAUAAUAAUCUUUCAACGACGUUUAUCCCAAUUUUACUAAAGGAUAUUGAAGCAAAUAUGGAAAAAGUGGAUGCAAAACAGACUACUUCAUCUAUUGUUCGAACGCAUGUAGAACUAAUCAAACGACAAGCAACCCGUGAAAAACGGAUUUUAGAAGAGUGGAGUUCAGCUAUUAAUGAUUUGGAAGAACAGUUUGGUGAGAGGAGUCAUUACUUUAAAAAUAUAAUGCAUGCUGCUAAUUGA